AUGAGGGAUGGGACGCUGAAGACAUCGCGCAUCAGCUACGCGAAAAAUAUCCUAUUUUCGGAUUGUUUCAGUGAGUAUUCACGGAAGAAAUUUCGGGAUUUUGUGAGAACAGUGGAAAUUGGCUUACAGCGAUUGGAUGUACGUGUUGCGGAUGGUGGUUUAAUCGAUCUAACAGAACAGCCAAAUGGCAUGCCAUCGAAGCAGAGAAAAAGGAAGCUGAUGUUAGCAGUUGCUCGAUAA